AUGGCUUCGGAAAGGGAUCACGUCCCGAAGGGCGGCUUCGCCUUGAUAUUCCAGAACCCCUAUCUUCUAGGUGUGGCGUCGUUCUCGACGCUCGGCGGCCUCCUCUUCGGCUAUGAUCAGGGCGUCGUGUCCGGCGUCAUCACCAUGGAAUCCUUCGCCGCGCGCUUCCCUCGCGUGUACACCGACAGCAGCUUCAAGGGCUGGUUCGUGUCGACGCUGCUUCUCGCCGCGUGGUUCGGCUCCCUCGUCUACGGCCCUGUCGUCGAUCGACUCGGCCGCAAACGCUCCAUCAACGUCGCUGUCGUCAUCUUCGUCGUGGGCUCCGCCCUCCAAUGCGCCGCCGUCUCCCUCCCCAUGCUCUUCGUCGCUACGCCAGGCCGCGCCAUCGCCGGCCUCGCCGUCGGCCAGCUCACCAUGGUCGUGCCGCUCUACAUCUCCGAAGUCUCCAUCCCGGACAUCCGCGGCGGGCUCGUCGUGCUCCAGCAGCUCUCCAUCACAAUCGGCAUCCUGAUCAGCUACUGGAUCGACUACGGCGCAAACUACAUCGGCGGCCCCCGCUGCGCCCCGCAAACCCCCUACACCGGCGGCGACCCCGCCGCCCCCUCCUUCGACCCCUACCACGACGUGCCCCCCGGCGGCUGCACCGCCCAGUCCGAGGCCUCCUGGCGCCUCCCGCUGGCCAUCCAGAUCGUCCCCGCCGUCGUGCUCGGCGCGGGCAUGCUGUUCUUCCCGGAUACGCCGCGCUGGCUGCUCAUGCGCGGGCGGCCGGGUGAGGCGCGACAGGCGCUGGCGCGGUUGCGGCGAUGCCAGCUAGACAGCCCCGGUCUUGUGCGGGAGUUUUUGGAGAUCAAGGCCGCGGUGGUGCUGGAGGAGGGGUUUGCGAAAGAGAGGUUUCCCGGGUUGGUGGGGGUGCGGUUGGAUGUUGCGCAGUAUGUGUCGCUUGUGACGACGUGGGCGCGUUUCAGGCGUCUUGCGAUCGGCUGCGCGGUUAUGUUCUUCCAGCAGUUUAUGGGGUGUAAUGCGAUGAUCUACUACGCGCCUACGAUCUUCAGCCAGCUCGGUCUGGACGGGAAUACGACCUCCCUCCUGGCCACCGGCGUCUACGGCAUCGUCAACUGUCUCAGCACGCUGCCGGCACUGUUCCUCAUCGACAAGGUCGGCCGGCGCCCGCUGCUCAUGUCCGGCGCCGUUGGGACCUGUGUUUCUCUGGUCAUUGUGGGCGCCAUCAUUGGCGCGUUCGGGUCGGAUCUGGUCAACCACCAGUCCGCCGGGUGGGCGGGCAUCGCCUUUAUCUACAUCUACGAUAUUAACUUUUCGUAUUCCUUCGCUCCCAUCGGCUGGGUCCUCCCGUCGGAGAUCUUCAAUCUGUCCAUCCGCUCCAAGGCCAUCUCCAUCACCACGUCGGCGACGUGGUGGUGCAAUUUUUGUAGUGUCAUCGGUCUGAUCACCCCCGAUAUGCUCGACUCCAUCACCUGGGGAACGUAUAUCUUCUUCGCCGCCUUCUGUCUCCUGGCGCUGGCGUUUACUUUCUUCUGUAUCCCGGAGACACGGGGAAAGACUCUGGAGGACAUGGACCUGAUCUUCGGCGACACCGCCGCGCACGAGGAGAAACAGCGCAUCGUGCAGAUCGAGGCCGAGCUCCGCCAGACGGCAUCCGGAGAUGCAGAUGAUCUGCCGAAACCCUCUGUCCGAGAGGAGGAGCACGUCUGA